AUGCGCCAGCACUUUCCCAUCCCGGCAUCCCCGAUCUUGGCUGUAGACGAUGACGAUGAGGAAACCCGCUGGCUGCAAGAGGACGACGAAAUCUCGGCGCUGUGGGCGCCGGUAUUGAGCCCAUACUCCUCACCUACCUCCAAUUCCGAAGAGGACACGCCCUGUUCUUCAAUAGACCUCCUCAUCGCAAUCGGCUCGGAAACCACCCUCUCCGGCGCAGAAAUCGACCUGGCUGCGCAAAAAGGUGAGGAACUCCGCCAUCAGCUCAUCUCCCGUACAGAAAAGGAAGUCUCGAAGAGGAAGUGCGCAUCAGGCUUCAGCAACAACCGCGUCGCCCGCGUGUCGUUAAAGUAUCUCCUGAGCACAUCCCAGGCACUCGUUUCCCGUCAGCAUCCGGAAGUCGCAAACCUUGAUAGAUCGAUUGUAAAGGGCGGCUUUCUACUCCCCAUGAUCGAAAAGUACAUUUGCCAAAACGCGGAUGUAAGAGCGUUGAUAAUAGACUUUGACCUGCACGUGGGCUCUCCAGCAAUCCUGGAACUCCGCCGACACCUCCAUUAUCCUAUGUACGCCCCCGAAGCACCAGAUACCACCCCAGCAGUACUUAAAAUCGCGUGCAUCGCCGACGGAGCAACCCAGAUCAGCGCUAAGCCCCCGGUGCGGAAAUUCCCGAGCGCAUCCCUCCCGCCUGCUGGCAAUAAUAAUACUACCAUCUCUGCCACUACCACCUCCCCUAUAAAUCAUAUCCGGGUGAGGACCUCGUACGGGCAAACAACGACGAGUUACACCCUCAGUGGAUGGACGCCCACCAGCCCGAACAUACCCGCCGACGCACUCCGCAUUCGCAGAUCCAUGCGUCGGAGGAAGGAUAGAAAUUGGGUGCCGAAGCAGCGGUUGAUUUCUCUCGCGGACGUGCUUCUCCCGCCACUUGGGAGCGUGCCCACUGGGCCGGGAUUUGUAGCUGCGGUGGGGGUGCUAGUAUCUGGUGUUGUCGAGAGGGAAAGGCUCACAGGGUUCUUUGGAGACGAGGGGGAUGAGGGGAGGGGUUGGAGGGGUCAGGAUAGAUGUAGGAAGGAUUAUAGGAGGGGGAGUAGUUACUUUGUUGAUGAUGAGGAUGAAGAUUAUAGUGAUGAGGGAGAAGGAGAAGGAGAGGGAGAGGGAGAGGGAGAGGAGGAAGGGGGGGAGGAGGAAAGCGAAGUAGACGACGAGAGAAGGGCAAUGGCUGGGAGGAGGGGGGCGAAAGGCGGGAGUAAAGCUUUUAGAUGGCUGGGUUUGGAGUGAGUGCUGGAUUUAUGGUCUUGCGUUAGCUUACUUGCUUGCUCAUGGGCAAUGCCAAUGCACUUUCUUUUCUUUUAUUCUGCUUCUUUCGUUUGAGGCAUUUAUUGUCUGGGUUUUUGUCUGGUCAUCUCAAGUCGGGUUGCGCAGCGUGGUAUGGUAUAUUUAGUCUCGGUUUUCCUUUUUCUAGGCGCUAGUUUUUCGUAGUUGGCUAGCUAGGUUUGGUUGGCGAUAGGAUCGUAGCUAGUUAGUCGACCCAAGACUUGAAUGAAUGGCAUUGUUAUAAAUGAG